AGUCUCUGCCCACAUCAGACUCGUCCUGACGGCACUGCAAACUUUGGCUGAUCUGCUGCGAGAGUCAUGUCGAAUAACAGCACGAGUGGUUUGUCGAGCUUGCAAAAAAGCGUCAAUCAACUGCGAUUUGAAGCAUCAUUUGACAGAAUUAUGGUUUCUCAAGCUGCAGACGAUCUAAAAGCAUUCUGCUUAAAAAAUGCCAGUAAAGACCCUCUCAUUAAAGGGGUGCCACCCAAUGACAACCCCUUCCGACCCGCAAAAUCAUGUGUUCUCCUCUGAGGAGUCAUGAAGAAUGCUGAGAAACUUCUGAACAUUGCAAGCAUUUAAACCACCUUUCAUCAGACCCCGAGCUGCAUCAUCGAUAUGACUACACUAAAUUCUUUAUCUUGGAUAGCUGCAUUCUCACGAGACGUUUUGAUUGUUUAAUAAUGUGAUUUAUGAAGAAAAAGUGUUUGAUUGUUUUGUAAUGUGGAACGGAGCUGUUUUGUGUGCACAACUUUAGAUUACGAUUAAUUGCAUUAACUACUAGAAGAAUUUUCAAAAAGCUGAACUAUUUGCCCUACAAAGCAGGGUGUGUCUGGUGCCAAUAAUAAUUUUAAAACAUAUGAAAACAAAUACUGAUUUUCAGUUUGUGCUGGGUAGAUUACUUAAAUAUGAUCUGUUUCUGAUAUGAUAUGAGCUCUAAAUGAUGUGAGAGUUCAAACAUUUUUAGUAGGAAAAAAAAAAGGAAAAACUAGUUUAAAAACUCUGGUGAGGAGUGUUGAAGCAAUGACUUUCUGCGCCAAUCACAGUCUGUAGCUGUAGCACACGAGCCUAAUGACCAGGGCCAGACGGAAUCUGCGGACGUUUUUUGCUAUUUCUGCAGAGAAUUUUGGUAAAAUUCUGCGGAAUUAUUUUGGGAGUAUCCAUCGGAGUAUCAUAACUAAAACCUUAAUAUAUUAAAUAAAAAGUAAAAAAUUACUGAAUUAAAACUGAAUAAAUUCAGAUUUACACAUUUACUUAAGUAAAUAAACAGAAUUAAUAAUGGGCUAAAAAUCUGCAGAAAUCUGCGGAAUUCUGCGCACGCAGAUUCCGUCUGGGCCUACUAAUGACCAGUCAUUUGUUUUUAUAAACAUGCUUAACAGGAAAUUGGCAUUUAAGAAAUUUUAUUAUCAUGUGGUGUCAAAAUCAAUAAUUUUUAAAGCCCCAGUAGUACUUAUUUAUUAGAUAUAGGAAUUUAUCAUCUAAAUAAUUAAAUUAGGAUACUUCAUCACCUUAGAAUUAUAAGGUUCUGUUUGACUUUUUUUUUUUCAAAAUUAAGUUUAUGAUAUUUUCUUAUUUAAUGACAGCUUAUUUACAUUAUAGGAUGUGUUUUUAUAAGUUGUUUACAUUUUAAGACUUUUAUUUAAAAAAAACAAAUGUUACAUACAUGCUGUUUGUUAUAUGGAAUGCAAAAACUUUGAAGCUCAAUAUCUCAAAAUCAUUCAGAGCGCAGAUAGAACCUUAUAAUUCCAAGGUGACAACUUAUUCUUUACAUAUUUGUUUCAGUAUAGUGACUUAUAAUCAUAAUGUUGUUACUAGUAACAAAUCUAAAAUAUCUGGCAUUUUGCCACAUAAAUACUACAAUGCAAAACCCAAUCAGUUAAGGUAACUUAAACCAUUUGAGGUAACUGAUUGCAACAAACCAUUUAAGUUCAAAAACUAAUCCUAAUGAGUACUGUGAACUUAAGCACAGUAAAACCCAACAAAUGAAGAGAACUCAAACCAACUGAGUACUGUAAAACCCAAUAAGUUAAGGCAACUCAAACCAUUGGAGGAAACCGAUUGCUACAAUUUUUCUUUUUUUACAAAUAAUCUAUAUGAGUACUUACUCCAUUUAAUUUGAAGUAAUGAGCUAUUUAAUUAACUCAUUACCUUCAUGACUUAGUUCAAAACUCUUUUCAAAUGAGUAGAAUUAACUUUCAGUCAAUUUUGAGUUAACUACACUCAUUUCAUUUGAUAAAGUUGACUGUUGUGUUUUGCAGUGUAGUAUUUACUAUAUUGUCACUUGCAACUAUUUAAAUAAAUACUAGUGGUGAUUUGUUAGGUAAAAUAAUAUUCAAAAGAGAUUCAGUAAAUAAAUAAUAGACUGCGUUUGUGUGGAAAAAUGUUAAUCAUGCUGUAAUAAUGUAACUUUUACCAGAUUAUUAGAUUUCAAAAACAUAAUCUAAGCUUUUUUUAAUCAUUAUAUAAUGCACAUUUAAUCAAAACUACCCAGCACUAUUUACAAUAUCAGUUAGCAAAACAGUAGCAUGUUUUUGUACACAUUUAAAUGACAAAUGGCUGUGCUCACUUCUACUGUAAAAAUAAUAUUGCCAAUAACGGACGUUAUAGUACAAAAUAUACUCAAAACAAUGAAUUCAGGAGGAAAUUAACACACUCAGCUUGUCAACAAGUUCUUUGGAUAAGUCAUGGUAAAUAUACAAAUACAUAUAUCCAACCUGUUUUAUUGCCAGGUCCAUUUAAAUACCAGCCUUACACAGGAAAAACUGAAGAAAAAAACAGUGUUCUUGUAAUGUUUUGGGUUUAUGAUGAAACACUAAAUCUCUUUAUUUGUUGAUUAAUGCAAUAAGACCAAUACACAGAGUGUUAUUGCCAAGAAACUCAUGUUAAUUGUAUUAACUAGUUAGCUGUAUUGAAGGAGAGGGAGUGAGAUGUCUUGAAUCUCAGGUUCUUUUUGAUAAAGUUUAAUGCUGUGUGAUAUAUUUUCACUUUUCUGAAAACUAAAUGAGGUACUACUUUUUAUUCAAAUGUAUUUUCUGUCAUUCAGUGUCUAUACUUUCUCCUAAAAGGCAGAAGUUCAGAACUAUUACGUCUGUGACUAUUCUAAGUGAAAGGGUGCUUGACUUUCUGUUGCACUUUAAAGUCUGGUUUCAGAACACAACAUGACUGAGUGCAUCAUCUGGCUUAUUUUUGCAUACUCUCUGCUCCCACCGCUUGUAUUAUAUCUGUACUGUAUCUUUAUCAGUCAAACACUGGACAUUCAUGCAAAUGUCAUUUGUACUUUGGGAUUUUAUUCUUGUCCUAAAUGAACUUUUUCAGUCUGUUUACCCUA